AUGGUCAUUGUCGCUCCCCUGCUGCUGCUGCUGCCUUUGAUCACUUUUCUCGUUAUCACCUACUGCACGAUGCCGAAGCAGUGGGGAGACCCCUACUUUGGCUUUGUGCUCUGGGUGCAAAAGCUGCGCCUCACGACGCAGUACAUUCAGUUUGGCCACGCUGCGUACGAUCUCAAAUCGCUGAAGCCAAAGAGGCCGCUGAGCAAGUCGCCGCUGCCGCUUGGGUGGGGCCUGCCGGUGGCCGACUACGUUGAGGAGGAGAUGGGCGCGGCUGUCAUCCUUGGCAACUGGCUGGGGCCGCGUAUCUCGACCUACCUCAUCCCGGUGACGCGCGCGCUCGAUUUGAUCCGGCUCGUAGCUUACCACGUCCCAUUCGGCUGGCCGCGCAGGCCGCAGCAAACAUCCUUCGCGCCGGGCGAGGACCCGGUCCGCUAUGUGAUGGAAGAGGUUGGCUCUGUCUAUCCCCGGAUCAACCAGUCUUGGCCCGACAAGACGAGCGAUGAGGCGCUGGCCCACUUUUGUCGCUGCGGCGUCGCCGCCCACCGCACAGAGCUGGCGACGGCGGCGGAGCAAGACAAGUACACAGAUGCAUCGGGAAACCGCGCCAAGUUUGCCGUGCGGACCAACGGGCUGGCGAUGCUGGAGGUCAAGGAGGGCUGCGACCGCUACGGUGGUAAUGUUUACUUUGGCGCUGACUGGCGGCCGAUUUGCAUCGUGAGGUUAGAGCCGCCGGCAGGGGAAGAGUGGUGGGAGGAGCUCGAGGAUGUGAUAUACCGGCCAGGGGAGGGGUAUCGGUGGGAAUACGCCAAGUUCUGCUUCCGCUCCUCACUCUUCACGCUGAUCACCUUUGUCGACCACCUCUUCCAGCUGCACAUGCAAACCUCGGAGUUGGUGACGCUGGCGACGCGCGAGCAGCUGUCGACCGACCACCCGAUCCGCCGCUUCCUAGUCCCGUUCACGUUUGGUGCCAUCACGAUCAACGACUGGGCGCGCACCGCACUGUGCGCCUACGGCGCCGCUACCCACCGCGCCUUCUCCUUUACAGACUGCGCCUUUGCGAGGGCGUGGGCUCUCGCGCCGAAGCUCGCCUACAUGAGGUCUUCCAGCCUGUGGUUUGGGGCCCUCAAGCCCGUGGACGAAUUGGAAACGCCCGCCGACCACGAGUUGUGGCUUGACCGCUUCCUCAGCCACCACAGCUCCAUCUACCCGCCAAACGGCGUCGACUCCCCCUUCUUCACGGCGUGUCAAAGAUACCACUCCAUCUUGAAGCGGUGGGUGGAGGCGUACUGCAGCCACUGCUACCCCGAGGGAGUGGGCGACGGCGACGAGGUGGUCACGUUCCUGCGGCAAAUCAUCGCCACCACCGUCGGUUCGACCGACAUCUUCGAGUCGAAAGGGACCGCUUCUGCAGAGGCGUCGAGCGAGAUGGAUGCGAGGUACGCGCUCGAGCUCAACACGGCGUUUGCGCUGUCGCGGGGCUCUCCAGACCGGAUGCGCUCGCUCCUCAUCGCCUUUCUGACGCGGUACAUUGAGCUGGUGACGCUGGGGCACGAGCAGGUGGGCGCGGUGCAGGUGUACGCGCAGGACGCGUCGUUCGUCGCCUAUUCGUGGAAGAAGGGCGACGUGGCUGGAACCAAGGAGGCGGCGAUGCAGAUGGCGACGCUAAUGUGCCUCACCUCCUCCAUCACACCGACGCUGAUGCCGUCCGAGGGCGCCGCUUGCUCCUCGUUUGAGCAGCACGACUGGUCGUUUUUGUUUCCACGGCGAACGGUAGCGGACGCGGAGACGCUGAAGAACAUCAACCGCACCUUUCAGGAUGAGCUCGCCGAGUUGGCAAACGUCCUCGAUGCCGCCGCCGCCGCCGCGCCGGCGCUCUGCUCCCCGAGGCCCGAUCGACGGGGGUCGUUCAAUCGCCUCUGA